CAUCCACCCCCUCCUCCCCACCUACCAUCCACCCUUUCUUCUCUUUGCUUUGACCCCUACCCUUACCCUUUGCCCUUACCUUUAUUUCUUUUUUCUUUAUCAAACAACAGGAUGAAGUACGGCAACUACCUCACGCAGCAGCAGGCGGAUUUCCCGGCCCAGUGGCAGACGCACUUCAUCGACUACGCAGCGCUGAAAACCUUCCUCAAAACGCAAACCACCGACACCAACGUGCGUCUCUCCACAGCCUUCGCGCCCACCCACGUCUUCACCUGGACGCCCGCCACCGCCACCGACGCCACCUUCGACCAGCAGCUCUCCACGCGGCUCGCCGCCGUCGCCAAGCUCACCCCGCAGUUCAUCCGCCUGCUCGACGCACAAGUGCAAAAGUUCAACAAUUUCUUUGUCGCCGUAAAGGGCGAGACCAAGAAGCGCGUCCAGCACGUGCUGGAUAAGGGAGAGGACGUGGAUGUGGUGAAGUGUGAGCGCGCACUGAGAGACCUGCUGAUGCUCGAGCGCUUUGUGUAUUUGAACUUCACGGCAGUGGCAAAGGCGCUGAAGAAACACGACAAGUGGACGGGGUUGCAGGUGAAGGAGCCGUAUUUGAUGCGUACGUCGCAGCUGUCCUUUGUCCAGUCUGUGUCGCUUAUGCAGAUGAAGCCGGCGCUGAUGGCCAAGCUUUCUGCCGCUCUGGUGGCCCAGGACGUACAGCCAAUGGGGGCCAGGCUGCCCGAGGACUCGCCCGUGGUUGCCCACGGGAUGGCGAAGCUCCGCGGCAUGACUGAGCCGGCCGAGCCCACCAUUGCCGCCGCCGCUGGUAGUGCCCUGGGAUCGACUCUGGGCCCGCUGGUGAAUCUCAUGCAUGAUACCCAGACCGUCAAGAUCUCACUGCGCGGGCCCCACGGCACCGACAUUAUCGGCAGUGUUCUCGGCUGCUUGACCAAGCAUCGUUGCCAGAUCGCAGACUUUUCGCUCUCCCGCCUGCACCACGACGUCACCUUCGGCGUCCUCGUCCACCUGCCCAACCAUGACCUGGACCUCUUUGGCGACCUCGCACGCACCGCGCAAAAAUGGGACGGCACCCUGGCAUUUGACAUCCAAGACGCGCAGCUCAAGGCAUCGCAGCUCGCCGACCCACUGCAGUACGCAUUGAGCGAAGCGCCGUACUCAGGACGGAACAAGUUCAUCGCCACGGUGUUGAACGAGCGCGGGCUUACCCCGGAAUUCCUCAGUGCUUGGUUGAACUGGCUUUUGCAGAAGAAGAUCUCGGUUGAGCAGAUGCGUAGGCUGGAUGGACAUUCGACCUUAAUGUGUGUGGAGUUCCGGCUGAGCGUUCCUGAGGGGUUGUCGCCGGAGGAAAUGCAGUCGGAGCUGAUUGCCAUUAGCCAUGCGCACCAGGCGGAUGUCGCCCUGCAGCCGGAUAAUGUGUUUAGAAGGCAGAAGCGCCUGGUGGUCUUUGACAUGGACUCGACGUUGAUCCAGCAGGAGGUCAUUGAUGAGAUCGCGAGGAUCGCCGGAAUCGAACCACAGGUGGCGGCGAUCACUGAGCGCGCAAUGCAGGGCGAGUUGGAUUUCAAAGAGUCCCUGGCCCAACGCGUUGCGCUGCUUAAGGGCACGCCGGUGGACGCCCUGGAGCAGGUCAAGCGCCGGUUGGAGUUCACCGAGGGCGCGCACUAUCUCUGCCGCGCCCUCAAGAAUGCCGGAUUUAAACUGGCUGUCAUUUCUGGUGGGUUCCUUCCGUUGGCCAAGUACGUUAAGGAGGAGCUUGGGUUGGACUAUGCGUUUGCGAAUCAGCUUCAGGUUACUGCGGAUGGGAAGCGUCUGACCGGUGUGACUGUGGGACCUGUGGUGGACGCCGUGAGGAAGGCAGAGCUGCUGGAGGUUAUUGCGCAGGCGGAGGGGAUUGCUUUGGAUCAGGUUGUGGCCGUGGGGGAUGGCGCGAAUGACUUGUUGAUGCUUGGCAAGGCCAGCUUGGGCAUUGCUUUUAAUGCGAAACCCAGGGUGCAGAAGGAGGCGAGGGCCAGGAUUAAUCAGAAGAGUUUGGCCAAUAUCCUGUAUCUUAUGGGAUACUCUGAGAGCGAAGCCGCGGAGUUGCAGCUGCAGUCAUAGGCUUGUUUUUUUUAAUUGAUGAUAAAACCAUUUUUCAAUAGGUUUUUUUUUAAAUAAUAAAUGAAAUUUGAUAACUCAA